AACAGCAGCCUCCUGGUCUCGCGUGUACCUGCUCUAAUUUCACUGUUUGUCUUUCUUUCCCCCUCCCUCUGUCUCUCCAGGAACCUUAAUGAGGACCAUGGAGUAGCAAGCCUUCAAAUUAGCAGCUAGCUGAUUAGCUCCGUACUGCACAACACACCUCCCUCCAUCCAGUCCCCUCCAUCUGUGGGCCCCCCACCCCACCACAGGCAUGGCGGACCCAGGGAUGUUGAGUUUAUUCGGGGACGAUGCAGGACUGUUCUCAGAUGGAUUAGAUGAUUUAGGAGACUGCUUUCCUCAGCAGCCUACCCCUGCUCAGUCAAACCCUCUAGCCCAGCAGACUAAUCCCUCUCUGAACCACGAGCACCAGGGAAACAGGGGCUACCACCAGGGGAUGAUCCACGGAGCUGGGCCUGGCCCAGGGCAGCCUAAAUUAGGGCAAAUGUACGACCACGGCCCCUACACAGGCUACGAUCAACCGGGUGCCCCGGAGGACGAAUGAUGGCCCAGAAUGGCCCCAGCCAGGGGCCACCAAACGUGAAUACAGCCAUGAAUGGCAUGGCUUCCCACUACCAUAAUAACCCAACUAACUCUAGCAACCCACUCCAUGGGUACCCGGGUGAUGCUGGAGGAGGAGCAGGAGGUGGCGGUGG